AGCUCAUGUAUGUGGACCGGGACUGUUGCUCCAGCUUUGGUGGAACGAAGACAGCUGCCAUGUUUCCUGAAUGGGCCAAGCGGUCCGAGCUGGGGAAGCAGUGAAUGGUUGGCCUUACUGACGCAGAGGUCUACAGCCACUUGGGGAGGAGGGAGAUGACUCUUCACUGCCGUUGCCGUACGCAUGGAGCUGUAGAGACGGAACUCUUCCUCAUGGACACGCUGGGGACCUUCAACAUUGAGAAGGGGCAUGACACCUUGGGCAUUCCGCUGCUGGACCCCGUCCGCAUCCAGGCAAUCUGGCAAGAGCAGUGGCGUCACCUGAGCUGCAUCCAAGACCCUCCCGGUGUACAGUUGUACACAGACACCGGCGAGCCAAUCACCAAGGGCGGAGUGAAGCUGCCAGUGUAUUGCUACACACGCAGCUCCACAUCUCUGGAGUGGUACCACCUCCACCUCAACCGGUUCAUCCCAGGCACCAGUGCCAAUGGAAUGCAUUUCCAGGCCUUCCUCCUGGAUGGACUGGCGAGGUGGAACGACAGAAUUAGCCUCUGCACUGCUACAGUGGCCACCUGCAGCAUUCCCUCAACCAGCUCAUUCAAAGGGUGCAUGGCUCAGGUCAGGUUGAGGACUUCACCAAGCCUGGCGUGUACAGAGGGGAACUCAUUGGUCUUGAGUACCUGUACGCCCAGACCAACAAAGUGCUGCAGGCCAUCAGCUUGGACACUGACACUCCGGACGAGGCCGACGCCACCGAGGGACCCUUGGAGGAUGAGGGAUUUCAGGAGGCGGAGGAUGAGGACCCCACUCUCAACGUCCCCGACCCACCUCCGCCAGUUGCCUCAUCCUCCACCUCUGCGGCAGCCCGGUCAGGUGAUCCAGCUGACGCUCCCAGGUCUGGGUCAUCCAGUCCGGCCGCCACCGACCGUGACCCUCCUGAGGCCCCUGAACACCAGGAUUCUCCUCCCUCUGACUCCUCCUCAGGCUCUGAGGACAUUGUAUGUGACCAAUAACAUUGGAGUAGUAUUACAUUCAAAAUAACAGAUGUGUUAUUACAGGGAGGGGGAUGAAUAGGAGAUAGGUCAGCAAGUUUGCUUUCCAGUGCACAGGCCUAAAACACAAUCCUAUUCAAAACCUAGCCUUAACCACAAACCCCUUACCUUAACUCUAACCCUAUUUGGGAGCUCAAAGGAAUAAGUCAACUCAUAUAGGGAGGGAUUUCCCCUCCACCUGUUGGACCAGAAGUAAUGUUCCCAACACGCUGCUUAAAAUCAUUAGGAGCUAUAAGGAGUCAGUCAACUAACUGGUCAGUCAAGUCAUAUAGGCAGGGCUUUCAUUGCCACCUGCUGGAUCAGAAGUAAUGUAAUGUUGCCAACACUGGCCUUAAAUUCAUUAGGAGCAAUAAGUAAUAAGUCACCUCAUCAUUCAAGUCAUAUAGGGAGGGGUUUUAGCGCCACCUGCUGGAUCAGAAGUACUAUUCACCAUGGCCACAGAGAGCCAUCAUCGUAAAACAACAACAAAUCAUCAAAUAGGCAGUGGUUUCAAAACUCUAAGCACAUUUUCAAGUAGAGCACACCAAAUCAUACAGUUACUUUUUCACCAAACGUAAUCAGUGUGUCAUCUAGAAAUGCAUGCUUCACAUUGCAAUACAUGUUCUUAUAAAGUAAUUGCUUUCCACAAUGCAAUGCUCCCAUGACUUUUGAUAGGAUAUUUUUCAUUUGUUAGAAUGUAUGCGACUGUUACUUAAUCCGACUGCUCUGAAUUCAUAACCUCUUAACCGUUUGGUGUUAACCUACAGAUUUGUUUGUCUACUGCAGAUUUGGAACACUACAUCAUGAAAAUGUAUGUUUGUGAAGUAUAAAAUGAGGGUAACUUGGGGGGAAAACGCCCCCCUUAAGGCAAAUGUCUAUUUUCUGACUGCACCAAAAAAAACAAUGUUUGGUAAGAUUUAGAUAUGUGCAUACUGACUAUCCUCAGGGGAAAGAAGUGGGACAAAUUAAUACUUUUUUUGGUCUUUAACAAAAACACAACCUUUACAAGAAGGCUGCGUUUGGCUCCAAAAUGACCCCUGAAGAUUAGCGUGUUAACAUUUUUCAGUAAUUGACCCUAACAUACUCCCUUUAAAUUGUACUAUUUUAUUAAAAACGGAUUGCAACUUUUCUCUCGAACCAAGUGCUGUCACGCCCUGACCGAUAGAACUCUAGUUAGUUUGGUCAGGGUGUGAAUAUCAUGUGAGUUUACAUUCUAUGUUUGUACUUCUAUGUUUGGCCGGGUGUGGUUCCCAAUCAGAGGCAGCUGUCGCUCGUUGUCUCUGAUUGGG